AUGGCACAAGGCCGGCCCCGCCGCAAGAAGACAGUCUUGUCAUCCUCGGACGAUGAAGAUGACUCGAUGCCCACAGUCGACCUGGAAGACGCUCCUGCACACCAUGAGGUCAACGAGACCAAGCCUGCAAGACCAUCACGAUCAAAAGCGAAAGCUCCGGCCUCGACCACGACCAAAGUCUCCCAAUCGCCCUCCAAACCACGACAGAACCGUCAGCCCAAGAAGUCUGCCAUCGAAGCACAACCCAAACGUGCAAACAAGUCCAUCUUCUCCUUCUUCAACCCAACCGCACAGCGCCAUCAGGCCUCAUCCCAGGGCUCGACAAGUCCACCGGCCUCUGCCAUUCCUGCUUCGGCAGAGCUAGACAUUGAGGAUGACAUCUCAGCUGACGAUGCCUCCCUGUCGCAACCAUCCCAGAUUGCCCAGACCCUACGAAAGAGAAAGCUGAUCAAGGACGACCCUGUCGACACCAACCGAGAUGGCCUUCCGGCACCAUCACAGAAGUUUCGCAAAGUGUCUGGCGGCGCUAAAAUCUCCACAAACUCGACCCCUCGUCCGAUCGACAUAAGACCAUGGACCGAACGCUUUGCUCCUGUCGACUUGUCCGAGCUCGCCGUGCACAAAAGAAAAGUUACAGAUGUUCGCAAUCUCUUGGAGUCCGCUUUGUCCGAUCGCCCAAGGCCGAGACUGAUCAUUCUGAAUGGUGCAGCUGGUACUGCCAAAACGACAACUGUCAACCUUCUGGCAAAAGAGAUGGGUAUUGGCAUAAUGGAAUGGAAGAGCCCAGUAGGCACCGACACUGCGAGCAGUGCUUUUACAUCGUAUUCGAGCCAGUUUGAGGACUUUGUCUUUAGAAGCGGAAAGUUCGCUGGUCUUGACCUGGUUCGAAGCGAUGGUACAGCCCAGCCAGCUCUUGCUGCCGUCAAUCAUCACGCCAAACAGAUCAUGCUCGUCGAGGAGUUUCCUAACACUUUUACCAAGUCUUCUCCUGCUCUGCAAAUCUUCAGAAACACCAUUCUGCAAUACCUAGCUGCCCCAGCAUCAUCGAAUCCUACGCCCAUGGUCAUGGUCAUCUCAGAGGCCCUGCUAUCGACCACAACCGCAUCCGCCGAUAGUUUCACUGCUCAUCGCUUGCUCGGUCCCGCUAUUCUAAACCACUCACAGACCGCCUCAAUCGAGUUCAACGAUAUCGCUCCCACCAUCCUGACGAAAGCCCUGGACGCGAUUGUAAUCAAAGAAUCUCGAAAGUCAGGUAGACGCUUUGCACCUGGUCCUGGUGUGCUCAAGCAUCUGGCUGAGACUGGGGACAUCCGGAGUGCUGUAUCCUCUCUAGAGUUCCUAUGUCUUGCUGGCGACGACAGUGGUGCUUGGUCAUCAAAAGUCGCUUUCACAAAGCCCAAAGGUCGUGCGGAGGCUCCGUUGACCAAACAAGAACAAGAGGCUCUGAAGCUGAUCAGCAACCGCGAGAGUAGUCUUGGGAUAUUUCAUGCUGUUGGAAGGGUUGUGUACAACAAGCGCAUUAAUCCCACUAGUCCAGUGCCUCAGCCUCCGACAUGUCUUCCACAACACCGGAAACCCAAAAUACCAGAGCACGAUCCUAACAGUUUAAUUGAUGAAGUUGGCACCGACACGUCGACAUUCGUUGGUGCACUCCAAGAGAAUUACGCCUUGUCGUGCUCGUCCUCAUCAAGCGAAGAUGCAUUGGACUCGCUCAAUGGCUGCAUCGAUGCUCUGUCCGACUUUGACAUGCUUUCUUGCGAUCGCUUUGGUUUUGGUACACGGAUGUCUUCCGGUUCUGCCCAGGACAACCUCCGCCAAGAUGACAUUUCCUUUCAGACUGCCAUUCGUGGUGUUUUGUUCUGGUUACCAACCCCAGUCAACAGGCUUGCAGGGUUACCACGAGGGGCCAAGCGCGGUGACGAGUUCAAAAUGUUCUUUCCAUCAGCUUCGAAGUUGUGGAAGGAGAAGGAAGAAUUUGAGAGCACAUUAGAGAGUGUGAUAACAACAAUGCAUAACCUGGCCACUGGCUCGAGUUCCAAUUCGACCUCUGCAAACACAGAAGGUGUGGCAGCGUGGAAGCGCCAACAGAUAACGGACGCGGCCUCAGAGGAUGAUGCAGACCUAACCCUUACAACCGCUCCCCUUUCGAACACUCUUUUGAGCUCUGGUGCAAGAACCGAGCUGCUCCUUGAGCGGCUACCUUACGCCUCCCAGAUAUUGCCUCAUCAGAAAGACAUACCAACUUUGCUCGUCUCCAAGGUGGACACCUUAACUCGUAUCUCGUCCCAGAAAUCUGCAGCUAUCGCACUAGAUGAUGCAGCCUUGGAUGUAGUCGAGGACAACGAAAGUCUGCAGCAGUCGGAGUGGACUGAUCGUCCUGAUGCCGAGUCAACUGUUAUGAAACGAGGCACUCAGAAGGGCGAGUUCGAGGGAGGUGGAUUGCACAUACCAGUGGAACAUGCAGUCGAGAAGCUUGUGCUCAGCGAUGAUGACAUUGAGGAUUAA